CGGUGCAUCCGUGUGGUGCCCAGCUCCACACGCUAGCCAUAGCCAGCGGGCAAUUCUACCUGGCAACUGCGACCUCCGUCACCCCUACCGCCAUGUCGCAGGUGAGGAUCGUCGACGCGAGCUACGUCGAUGUGCCGGAGACCGCCGUCCGGCCGCCGGGGCCGAUCAAGCUGACCGCCAUGGAGGCGCUGUGGAUAGUCAUCCCGGUGCUGCAGCACGUGCUGCUCUACGAGGGCGACGACGACAUGCCGCCCUUCCACGCCAUUCUCCAGUCCCUCCGGUCCUCCCUCGCCGCGACUUUGCGCAGCUUCGCGCCGCUCGCCGGCAAGGUGGUCCACCUCGAGGAGACGGGGGACGUCGGCAUCAGCUGCUCCGCCUCCGACGGCGUCAGGUUCGUCGUGGCGGAGUGCGACGCAGACAUCGGACGCCUGGCCGGCGACGAGGAGCACGACCUGCGGGUGCUCGAGGGGCUCGUGCCGGAGGUGGACAUGAGCCAGCUGCCGGCCCCCGUGCUGGCCGUGCAGGCCACGCGCUUCGAGGGCGGCGUGGCGGUCGGGGUGACGGUGCACCACGGUGUCGCGGAUGGCCGGGCGCUGUGGACGUUCGUUGAGGCGUGGGCGGCGGCGUGCCGGGGCGAGACGCCGGCCACCACGCCGUGCUUCGACCGCUCCCUCGUCAAGCUGCCCGGCGGCGAAGAGCUGGCCAGGAGCGUCGUACGGAAGGUGGCCCCGAAUUUGCCUUCGGUGGCACCACCGUCAUCCCUGGUUGAAGAUCGAAAGCGGUUCACCCGUCGAACGUUCACCCUCGACGCGGGGGACAUCCAACGACUCAAGCAACGCAUCGUUCAUCUAGGUGACUCCCACGGCGCACCCUUGCCUCACUCGCCGUCAACUUUCACCGCUGUCGUCGCGCUCGCCUGGACAUGCUUCGCCCGGUGCAAGCCAUUCUCCCCAGAGGACGACGCGCAGCUCUUCUUCUUCGCCGACACCCGCGCCCGCCUUGAUCCGCCCGUUGAUGUAGGGUACAUCGGUGCGUGUCUCACCGGGUUGAUAUCGAAGCUCCCCGUGCCGGAGCUUCGUGGUGACCGCGCCUUGCCAGCCGCGGCGUCAGCGGUCGAGGACGAGAUCAGCAAGGUGAAGAAGGACCCUAUUGCUGGGUGGAACUUCCUCACGCUGCUCACCGGUGCCUGCCUGGACCGUAUGAUGAACAUAUCGGGCUCAUCGGGAUUUAGAGCAUAUGAGGUCGCCGACUUCGGGUGGGGGAAGCCGAGGCGAACAGAGCCGAUUACGAUGAACCAUGACGGUCAGGUGGCGCUGAUGCGCAGCAGGGAUGGCCAGGGCGUGCAGGUGUCGGUGUCGCUGCUCCAACCGGCGCAUAUGGAUGCGUUCAAGUCUAGUUUCCUCGAGCUACUCAAGUGACGAUUCGUUUUCAAAUAUACUAGUUUCGUUUUUUUUUAGUUUGCAUAUGAAAUUUGUCUGAAGUUAAACUUUGCAAAGUUGGUUCAACUUUAUAGAAAAAAAAUUCAAGCAUCCACUUUAUGGAA